AUGUUUGAUGAAGAUACAGAAAUGACAAAUGAAGAAAUAUUGGAAAUGCGAGAAAUUGUAGUUAAUGAUCUUGACGAAGCUGAGAGAACUACAAAGGAAAAGGCACUCAUGCAAGAAUAUAAAAAUCAAUGGCAACAAAUUUUAUAUACUCCGGUUUUGCCAAUUAAAUCUAAUGAAUUAGCAACACUUUGGAAUAAUCAUUGUACUCCAAUGCUUCAAAAUCGAGUUAUUAGACAAAGAAAGAUUUCUCCCGUGCCAGAUAUAAGACAAAAUAAUGUCGAAAUUGAAAAAAUGGAUGAUGAUUUAUAUGUUGAUGAUGAUAUUGGAGGACCAAGUAAUUUCAAUCAAUCACAAGAACGACAAGAAAAAGAUAUCAGUUUACAAGAUAUUGAACUUGAACGUUUAAGAAGAGGUGGUGCAAGUCAAAGUAGUUCAGCUAUUAUUCCAUUAUCAGGAAUCCACGGCAAUAGUAUUGGUGAUGUUAAUGAUAUUGCAAUGGAUUUUGAAAAUGAUUCUUCUUUGGGUACUGCAAGAAGUUUAAGAAGUCGAGAUGUGUUGGAUGUUAAUCUUUUAGGAGGAGGAGCGCUUGGAAGUUUAAAUCGUAAAUCUGUUUCAUUAUCAGAAGGCAUACCAUCUUUAGAAGAAAAUAAUAGUAAUAUCGGAAUUCCUGAUUUUCCAAUAUUUGGAAUGUUUGGUGGUGAUGAUGAAAAUAUUAAUAAUAGUCCGACGCGUUCUUCACAUUAUCGUGAUGAUCAUCGUGAAGAAGAAGAAAUAGGUGGAACUAAUAUUAUAAAUAAUGAACAUGAACAAAUGAAUUUCUUAGAAUCAAUGAAAAGUUUAAUGCACGAAGCACAAGUUACAAGAGUUAUAUUUCAAGAUAUUAUGAAAGCUCAACAUAUUGCAAGAUUUGAAGUUGCAAAAGGAUUUUAUAAUAUUUUAGGACUUGCAACAAAAGAUUUAAUCAAAGUGAAACAAUCUCAAUCUUAUG